AAGCAAUACCUCAUCGAUCGAAUUUGAUCGAAAUUAUAAUGGUCCGACUACAAAGAGUUAAAAGUGCUUAGUGACGUAGAUGCAAAUAUGCCCCAACUCACUCACAGCGGGCUGAUGCUUCGCCUCCAGACAGUUACAGCCAGCGCUCGCGUUCAGAGCAGGGCGGAGGAGAGCUGAAACGCACAGCACCAUUCACGGCCCUUUUUCUAAAACACAAAGCAGACCUGCUCUAUCCGGUUCAAAGCAGAAGGAAAGAAAAAAAAAAAAAGACUACAAUUUUCUGAAAAUGGCGUCCAGUAAGGAAGUCCAGGGCAGGUCCUCUGAGCUGAGGGUGGUGCUCCUUGGGAGAGCAGGGGAUGGGAAGAGUGCCUCUGGAAACACCAUCCUGGGCAGUGAAGAGUUUCAGUCUGACGCCGGCUCCUCCUCAUUCACAAAGGGGUGCAUGAAGAAAGCAGCUGUAGUUGCUGGGAGACCCGUUUCUGUGGUCGACACUCCAGGAUUCUUUGACACAGAUGCCUCUAAAGAUGAUUUUAAACUGGAGAUUAAGAAAUGUAUUUCCCUGUCUGCCCCGGGACCCCAUGCUUUCCUCCUGGUGAUGCCGGUGGGUCCAUACACGAAGCAAGAGAAAGAAACGGUGCAGGAAAUCCAGAAGAUGUUCAGUGAGAAAGUUAUGCGGUUCACCAUCAUUCUGUUCACCCGUGCGGAUGAUCUCGAAGAGGAUGAGACUAUCGAGGAGUACCUUCAGAGAGGCAGCCAGGAGCUCCGAGAGCUAGUUAGAAACUGCGGGGGGUAUCACGCCUUCAACAAUGAAAACAAGGAGGAUCGCACCCAGGUCACUGCACUGCUGCAGAAAAUACAGAACAUGGUGGCUGUGAAUGGAGGCAGCCACUACACUGAUGAGAUGUACCAGCAGGCAGAAACAGCGAUCAAACCUGAGCAGAAGGAGAUAUGUGGAUGUGCCCCGAUGUGUGUGUGUUUGUUGCCAACAGUGCUCAAGUACAAUUCCCCUGCAAGUGGGACAUUGGCUUCAGGUUCCUCUGAUCAGCCGAUCCGUGUUUAUUCAGAUCACCAGCCUGGUAAAGCAGGAGCAAUGGCUUCAGGAGGUGAAGGAACAUCUGCUGGAUUUGCUGUGUCUAGUAAGCAGGGACAGGACCAGGGCAGGUCCUCUGAGCUGAGGGUCGUGCUGCUUGGGAAGACAGGAGAUGGGAAGAGUGCCUCUGGAAACACCAUCCUGGGCAGUAAGGAGUUUGAAUCCAAAAUCAGCUCCUCCUCAACAACAAGGAAGUGUGAGAAGAAAACCUCUGUCGUUGCUGGGAGAACGGUUUCUGUGAUCGACACUCCAGGAAUCUUCAACACAGAUCUCUCUGAAGACGAGGUUAAAGAGGAGAUUGCGCGAUGCAUCUCCCUGUGCUCCCCGGGACCCCACGCGUUCCUCCUGGUGAUGCCGGUGGGGCGAUACACGGAGCACAAGCGCGAAACAGUGCAGGAAAUCCAGAAGAUGUUUAGUGAGGAAGUUAUGAGGUUCACCAUCAUUCUCUUCACUAGAGCGAAUGAACUAAAAAAGGACAAGACUAUCGAGGAGUACAUUCAGAGAGGCAGCCAGGAGCUCCGAGAGCUGGUUAGAAAGUGCGGGGGGUAUCACGCCUUCAACAAUAAAAACAAGGAGGAUCGCACCCAGGUCACUGCGCUGCUGGAGAAAAUAGAGAGCAUGGUGGCUGUGAACGGAGGCAGCCAUUACACUGAUGAGAUGUACCAGCAGGCAGAAACAGCGAUCAAACAAGAGCAGGUUAGUAAAGGAAUAAGCAGAGAAGAGGCUGAAAAUUCCAACAGCUUCAUUAGGAGAUUGACGACCGUACUGACAGGCGCGGCAGUGGGAGCUGGUCUGGGGAUCUUAUUGGGAGGGGGGCUAGCAUGUAUUGCAGGUGGGGCAGCAGUGGUACCAGGGGCAGUGACGUUAGGGGUAUUAGGGGGAGUAGUUGGAGCGUCAAUUGGAUCAGAAGCAUCAGGGCCAGGCGAUGCAGUACAGAGAGUGAUCAAAGCAAUAGCAGACAUAAAACAGGAAGCAGUCGACACAGUGAAAACAGUAGCUGUGCCUGAACACCGCAAGCAACAAUAGAAGCAACACGUGCAGCCUAAUGCAAGCUUACCAUGGCAGAUUUAUCAUAGUGCUGCUUACCCCAUGGUUUUAACACACUUUCACUACUGUACUAUACUGUACCAUGGGAAUGAGACAUCAUAAGAAAUGUUUACUAUGGUUAACUAUUGUAAGAGGUUCCAUUUCUUCUGAAAAAUAAUUCAUCUUCUUCAGGUAAACAAAAUAGUUUAUUCAGGAAUCAAAAUGCAAACAGGAACAAAGAAUCCGAGGUGACACACCAGUGAUCUCACACACACGUGUCAGCUGAUGGUGUUCUGAGCUGCAUCAGUGGAGAUGUUAGUUACUUCUGAGCUGAGCUGAGCUUUCAUGGCAUCAGAGACGUUGUUUUCUUUCUGAGUCGGCAUGAUGCAGAGGUGUUGGUUUCUGAGCUGCAUCAGUGGAGAUGUUAGUUACUUCUGAGCUGAGCUGAGCUUUCAUGGCAUCAGAGACGUUGUUUUCUUUCUGAGUCGGCAUGAUGCAGAGGUGUUGGUUUCUGAGCUGCAUCAGUGGAGAUGUUAGUUACUUCUGAGCUGAGCUGAGCUUUCAUGGCAUCAGAGACGUUGUUUUCUUUCUGAGUCGGCAUGAUGCAGAGAUGUUGGUUUCUGAGCUGCAUCAGUGGAGAUGUUAGUUACUUCUGAGCUGAGCUGAGCUUUCAUGGCAUCAGAGCCGUUGUUUUCUUUCUGAGUCUGCAUGAUGCAGAGAUGUUGGUUUCUGAGCUGCAUCAGUGGAGAUGUUCGUUUCUGGGCUGAGCUGACCAAAGAAAGGACUUUGUACAGCACGGCGAUACAGCUAGUUUACGUAAUUUCCUUGACCAGAGUACAACAUGGAGAACCAGUGCAGUGAAUUCUCAUUGAAUUCCACAUUCCAGUUUGAACCGCUUCCUCAGAUGGAGAUCAGUGUGUCUGGCAGACAUGAAGUGAAAGAGAGGUGAUCAUUAGUAAUGACGGGUUUGUUUAACUGGGCUUUCAUGUCUUUGUAUGGAUGUUUUUUUAACAUGUGUUUCUAUUUUCAAAUCAGUUAAAAUAUCUAGAAUAUAUAGGUUGAAUACAAUUGUACAAUUUUAAGAGCCAAGUAGCGAAUUAUUUUUAAGUUUUAAUUUCUCAUCUUAAAACAUUCAAUAGUUUGACAAUUCAGUGAAUUCACCCGAACUAUAAACAGCAAUGAUACAACUGCAUCUCUCUCUUGGUUUUUGUUUCUGGUUACAUUUUAAUUUCAGCUUUUCAGCAACAAGAUAAAAUGUAACCUUGUUUUGUUUCAAUGUGCUUGUAUAUUUUGUUUAAUCAGAUAAAAUGGAAUCAAAUGUAUUUUCAUCAGGGCUGUCUGGGUAAACAUGUUAAGAGUUCAAAGUGUUCUGUGUCUUUUUUUUCUUCUUCUUAUUAUUAGCACAGUUUUGUUAAAAAUUAACUUUGUAUUGUGCUUUAUAGUACAAUUGAAGUGUUAAUGUCUUCACUUUUAUUCCAAUUCUAUUAAAAUGUAAUAAAUAAACAUGUC